AUGGCGAAGGUCAUCCGGAAAGAUCUGGAGCAGAAGAUAGCGGCGCUGGAAGGCGCCGAGUGGGACAGCAUGAGCGAGAGCGACCUCAGCGGGGGGGAGGCAUCCGAUGGCGAUGAGCUCAAGCCCCCGCCGCUUCCCCGACACGCUAAGAAGGCCGGGCGCAAGGGCAAGGGGGGGGGGUCGGUGGUUCCUGUGGGGCCUGCGGGAGAGCCCUCGGGCGUGGUGUAUAUCGGGCAUAUCCCGCACGGGUUUUACGAGGAGGCGAUGAAUGGCUUCUUCAAGCAGUUCGGAGACGUCAUCCGGGUUCGCAUCUCCAGAAGCAAGAAGAGCGGACGGUGCAAGGGCUACGCGUACGUGGAGUUCGUAUCUCCGGAGGUUGCCCAGAUCGUGGCCGAGACCAUGAACGGGUACUUCCUGUUCGACAAGCAGCUGGUGUGCCGCGUGCUCAAGUUCGAGGAGAUACACCCCAACCUUUUCGACGGCGCCGGGGUGAAGUUUCGCAAGGUCAACUGGCACGGCCUCUACCGAGAGAAGUACAACGCCGACAGAACUCAAGCAAAGGACGAAAAACACACCGCCAAGCUGCUCAAAAAGGACAAGGCCAAGAAGGACAAGCUCGCCAAGCUCGGCAUCGACUACGAUUUCCCGGGGUUCGUGGCCACUCUAAAGGACCGGAAGGUAGCGAAGGGGCCUGUCCAAAAGCCCAAAGGCGCCAAACGGAACAAAGAAAGCGCCAAGGUGGAAGACGGGAAGGGUGGGAAGGAGACUGGGGCGGGGCAGGGCGGGGAGGAGGCAUCGAACGCGAAAGACAAGAGAUCAGCGGGCAAGGCAGCAGCGGCUGCAACGGCGUCAUCAAAGGGGGAUGACGCACCCAGCGCGAAAAAGUCGAAGAGCUCGGCACAACCAGCAACAGUCGCAGCGAAAUCAACACCCAAGGCGAAGGGGAGCGCCAAGACGCCCUCCAAGCCAAUAGGAGCGGAGGAGAAACACGUUGCCGCCGCCACUCCCAGCGGGAAAUCACCGGGGAAGGUCAAGGGCAAGAAUGGCUCCGGGAAAAAGGCCAAGGCCCCCAAGACGCCUGAACCCGCCGUCAUUGCUAGCGUAGGCUCGACGGGCAAGAAGAAGAAAGCCAAGUCGCCCAAGAGCGGCGGUGGUGCGGGCAAGAAGAGGCCCUUGGAGGAGGCGGAAGAAGCGACUCCCGCCGCGGCCUCGCCUGCCUCGACCAAGAAGCCCAAGAGCGCCAAGCGUUCCAAGGCAUGAUCCGAACGUCGGUGUAUGUAGCGAGAGGUACUGCUGUAGACUGAUGUGACGAUAGAGGGGUGCACUAUUCGGGGUAAAAUAGUACACUUUUCUGGCGGUUACACUGCUGUAUUCCUGUUUCGGUGCUUUUGCGGCAAAGUAAGCAUAGGGUGCGGCCAACAGGUUUGCGUAGAGUGUGUCUCUCCCAACCCAAAGUGCAAGGUGAGGGGAUUCCCCGUCCAGUAGCAUGUGACUUUGUUGGUCGCAUAAAACACCACCAUCUCCUUGUGGGGGGGGUUCGAAGCUCGGUUUCUCUGCAGUACGCGCUGAGGGCGUUGGAACCGUCUC